CUGGCACCAAGGCCCACUCGGCAGCAUCCAGUCAUGGCCCGACGCCCUCCGCCAGAACGUCCUCUCCAUCAUGGCCAACCCAGACCCCCGUCUUCUGCUGUGGGGUGAAGAGCACAUCAUGAUCUACAACGAGUCUUGCAUCUCCAUGUUCGGUGCAAGACAUCCUCAGGCAAUGGGUUCAAGAGCUGAGGAAACCUGGUCUGACAUCUGGUCCGAGAUGCGCCACAUGAUCAAGUAUGUCGAGGUCGAGGGAAGAGGCACUCGACUGAACAAACUCCCUCUCGUCAUGACGCGCAACGGAUACACCGAAGACACCUUCUGGUCCUUCAACCUCAUCCCUGUCGUCGGUCCUCAAGGCACCACCAUCGGCAUCGUCGACGAGUUCUCCGAAGUCACCGAACAGGUCGUCAUCGAUCGCCGCAGAGACGCCAUUGUCAAACUCAACAAGGGCAUUGCAAGAGUUAACAGCACAAAGGAGUUGUGGUUUGAGUUCUUGGAAGGUCUUGAAGGCUGCAAAGACGACGUCCCUUAUGCUCUUCUACACACGGUGCCCAAUGCUGGCAACCCGUCAUUCCACGACUCGUCCUCGAACUCUUCCAUGUCUGCUUCACAGCGAUACUCUCUCGAGGGUUCAAUCGGCCUGGCAAACGGUCACCCUGCCGUCCCUCUUAGCUUUGAUCUGGCCGACUGCGCCAAUGACAAGGACCCUCUUGCUCGCGUCUGUCACAAGGCGUGGAAGUCGGGCGAUGUUGUUGUUCUGCAAGCAAAAGACGGCACCCUGCCUGAUAGCAUGGCUGUCGCUGUUGCAGAUCGAGCGUCAGGCGACAAGGUCCAGACUGUCUGUGUCAUUCCCCUGCCAGACAUCUCUGGCGAUCACGUCAUGGCCUUCCUGACCCUAGCCCUCACUCCACGCCGGCCCUAUGACUCGGAAGCCGCCAUCUUUGCUUACUAUCUGCGCGAUAUUCUCGUCAAGUCUGCUUCGGCCAUUUUCCUCCCCGAAGAGCAUCGCCGAGCUCGUCAAAAGUUCGAACAGGUCGAAGCUUCGCUAGCACAACAACUCCGCGCCACCACUCUCGAGACUGAACGUCUGGAAAGCCGCUUCGCAAGGAUGGCUCAUCUCGCCCCUGUCGGAAUGUAUGCCAUCACUCCCGAUUCACGCACCACCUUCUACAAUCAAGCCUACCUAGAUAUCACUGGCAUCACAGAACAGGCUAUCGAAGCUCGCACUGAUCCGCUCGAGUACCUCCAUGCCGAUGACCGCGAGAGGGUCGUGAAUGCUUGGAUCAUGUGCCUUGAAGACAAACAAUCCUUCACCAUAGAAUAUCGUAUCUCCAAGGAAUGGUCUCAGACAGAUGCAAUCUCCGGAGAGACCAUGACUGGUGAUACUUGGGUCUUGGCCACUGCCGCUCCAGAACUUGACGAUGAUGGCAAUAUUAUUCAUGUUCAAGGCUGGCUGCUCGACAUCAGCGGUCAAAAAUUCCACGAAAAAUCGCGCAUUCAACAGAUUGAGAAUGAACAAUCAGAGGAUCGAUUUGCAAGAAUGGCUGCAGAAGCUCCCAUGGGUAUGUAUCUGCUUAAACCUACUGGACAACCCCUGUAUCUCAACGACGCAUACUUUGACAUUAUCGGUUUCACCAGAGAAGAAUUUGAAGAGGCCGAAAGAAGAGGCCUUGGUUGGGCAGAUCAGAUCCAUGAAGAGGACAGAGGCUUCGUUGGAGAAGCAUGGCUAGCCUUGGCUCAAGAAGGUGUCCCCCUCAAUCUUCAUUACCGUGUCAAAAAGCCCUGGAAUUACAUCGACGAAGCGACCGGCACUCAGAUGACAGGCGAGACGUGGCUGCAAAGCACAGCCUUUUCCGAGAUUGGCCAUGAUGGACAAGUGGUUGCUGUUCAAGGUUUCGUUUUCGAUGUCUCUCUGAAGAAGUUCUCGGAACGUCUUCUCAGCGAGCGAUUGGAAGAUGCGCUUGAGCACAAACGACAAGCCGACAGAUUCAUAGACAUGACCUCACACGAAAUGCGCAACCCACUUUCCGCCAUCUUGCAAUCCGCUGAUGGCAUCUUGACAUCUCUCGAGAACAACAACCGCCUGGGCAUAUCGACUGGCUCGGAGACACUCAGCAGCGAGGUCCUCGAAACUGUACUCGACUCGGCUCAGACCAUUAUCCUUUGUGCUCAACACCAAGGUCGCAUUGUCGAUGACAUUCUGACCUUGAGCAAGCUUGACUCAAAUCUGCUGGUCGUCUCUCCCGAUACUGUGGAUAUGCCAGCCUUGAUGGAAAAAUGCUUCAAGAUGCAUGAGGCUGAAUUGGUGAGAGCCAAAAUCGCCAUCGCUUUGAAAGUCCAUGAAGGCUACCCGAAUCUGGCAGUUGGCAAUGUCAUGCUGGAUUCCAGUCGUCUGCUUCAAGUGGUGAUCAAUCUCCUCACAAACGCCAUCAAAUUCACUCAAUUCGCCGAGCGCAAAGAGAUUACAGUACACCUCAACGCAUCGACAACGCGACCAACAGAAGGCAUGUACGACGCGCCAUAUGUCCCAUUCCGAGCAAACAGACCCGAACAUCAGUUCACCGCUGAAUGGGGAACUGGUGAUGAGAUAUUCUUGUCGCUUUCAGUCGAAGACAGUGGAAAGGGUAUGAAUGAUGAGGAAUUGAAACUACUCUUCAACCGCUUUUCACAAGCCAGUCCAAAGACGUACAAACAAUAUGGAGGAAGCGGUCUGGGCCUCUUCAUUUCCCGCGAACUCACCGACCUUCAGGAUGGGCAGAUUGGUGUUCACAGCGAACCCAACAAGGGCAGUACAUUCAGCUUCUACAUCAAAGCCAGAAGAGCAGUCGAGUUCGACUCCCACAUCGCAGAUGCACCACUGACAACGCCUACACUCAACACACCCGUCACUUAUACACGAGAUACCGCUCACCUGAGUCCUCGAACUCUACACGCGAAUCCUGACGUCGAGACACACAGUGCUGUUCGCAAACUAUCCGCCAUCAGCAACACCCACACGCCAGAAUCCCCACACCUUCAUGUCCUUGUUGUGGAAGAUAACAUCAUCAAUCAACGUGUUAUGUCUCAGCAAUUACGUCGUUUGGGUUGUACAGUUCACCUUGCAAAUCACGGUUUAGAAGCUUUGGACUUCUUACGCACGACACAAUUCUGGCGGCUUACCAUCACCGAACAACAGAAAUUAUCUGUGCAUGAAGAAGCACCUAGUCCGCGCACUAGAUCGCCACCUCCUACUGCUGUCCCACUUUCAGUCAUCCUCAUGGAUUUGGAAAUGCCUGUUCUCGGCGGACUGGAAACGGUGAAACGUAUUCGCGCAUUACAAGAUGAAGGCGAAAUUAUAGCUCAUGUUCCUGUCAUUGCUGUCACGGCCAAUGCCCGCUCAGAGCAGAUUGCUAAUGCCAUCGACCAUGGAAUGGACUCUGUGGUCACAAAACCCUUCAGAAUCCCUGAAUUGGUGCCGCAGAUGGAGGAAUUGGUCAAACGGGUAAGGCAAUAUGGUAGAAAUGGGAGUCUUGGUGCACAGAGGAAAUCUCUUAGUGGAGGGAUUUGAUGGAUGUGUUUUUCGCUCAUGAUUUUGGAUGGUAGAUGUUCAGGGUGCGGAGUUUGGUCGUACAUGGCAUUUCUUGAAAGGGGUUUUUGGGUUUGGAGAAGAUAAUACCAAGGGGAUUACUGGAAGGAUGGGUUAGUGAUGGGUUGCGGAUUUAUACAUAUCCGUAACGUUGUCAUAUGAGAAAGAAGUUUACAUUUGUCAUCACUGCAUAGCGUAAAAGUGAGGGUUUAAUAUUUCCUUGUACCAUAACAUGCGUGGCGUGUUGUUUGUUUUAUAAGAUCCUUUUAGAUGGCGAAGAGAGGCUAGUUAGGUAUUUGAUGCGAGCUUAGAAGUUUAGGGGAAAAUCAGGAAGAAAGCGUAGCGUAGAGAUAGACGAUUCGAUAGGUA